AUGUCUCACGAUAGUGAACUUCAACACACGGUACUUGUUGGGGUCAUCACUGUUGCGGUUAUUGGUGCUUCUGCGCUGAUAGCCCGGCAGUGGUGGGUGAACUCUCACAUCGCUCUGAAGAAGAACCGAUCGUUCAAAGCGAAACUGAUUGACAAGACUAACGUUAGUCAUGAUGUUCGCCGAUUUACCUUCGCCUUGCCACACGAGAACGACAUUCUUGGUCUCCCUAUUGGUCAUCAUGUGAAGCUUACUGCGAGCAUGCCCAACCCAAGGACUGGCCUGGGUCCUGUUGAGUCGGUCUCGCGGCCUUAUACUCCCACGACUCUGGAUGAUCGUCAUGGAUCUUUCCAAUUAGUCAUCAAAGUUUAUGCAAGUGGUGAGGAUGAGCGUCAUCCCGACGGUGGUUGGAUGUCGCAAUAUCUUGAUAAGUUGGUCCCAGGAAAGGAUUCUAUCGAUAUCUCUGGUCCUAUUGGUCGCCUCACAUACAAGGGCAAUGGGGUAUUCACUAUAGUUCGCAGUGAAUGUAAGAGCUGUAACGGUAUCAAGAACAUUGGCAUGAUUGCUGGGGGGACCGGCAUCACGCCUCACUACCAGAUCAUUCAGCAUAUCCUCAAAACGAAGGAUACUAUGAACAUGUCUUUGUUAUGUGCUAAUAGAACACCCGAUGAUGUUCUACUUGGCCCUGAGCUCUCUAUCCUUGCCCGCCAACAUCGUAAUCAGCUCAAGGUCUACCACACUGUGGAGAAUGCUUCGAAUAAUCCCAGCUGGAAUGGGUAUGUCGGUCGCGUUACCAAGGACAUGCUGAAGGACACCAUGCCCAAGCCUGGUCCGGAUACACUGAUCUUGUUAUGUGGCCCUAAGCCUAUGAACGAAGCGGCUAGAGACCUGCUCAAGGAGCUCGGCUAUGAUAAGAUCUACUAUUAAAUUUUUCCGCAGAAAGUUGCCAGAGUACCCCCCCCCCCCCCCGAUUUCUUUGACGCGGAAACUCGACUUGGGGGCGUAGAGUUUUUCAUAUCCACUCCGAGCGACCAAUACUCGAGAGUUACCAAUAUGUCAAUGAUUUGUUAUGGUUUCGCUUCCGACACUGAUCGCGAGA